UAAGUGAGCCUGUCCUGUGCGGGAUGGGCGGUCACUGCCUCUUAUAAAGGAGGUGAGGACCUGUUGCGCUCUCAUCGCCGAGCUGCCGAUCCAGACAGCGAAUUCCUCAAGGGGCGCAUUCAUCAUGGAUUCUAAAGAGUUCGGAGACGAGUCCUCCGAGGGAGACACCGAGGAUCUGGACAGCGUGAAAGCACUCACAGAGAAGCUGAAGCUACAGACCCGCAGACCAUCCUAUCUGGAGUGGCAGGAGCGGGUGCAGAGCCGGCCGUGGAUCGAGAGUUAUUCGGCGCACAGUCCGGAGUCUGGAGGAGAAGUGGUUUCCCUGCCUGCGACUCAGAGGAACGACUCGGAGGUGGUUGUGCGCAACAUCUGUGGCUUUGACACUAUUGAUGAUGCUUUGGACUUUCUGAGAAAAGAGCUGAGGGAGAUGCAGGUUCAGGACAACCGUCUGGCCCGCCAGCUGAUCCGGCUGCGCGGGGAGAUCCACCGGCUGAAAGUGGAGCAGGUGUGCGACCGCCACAAGGAGAUGCUGGACGAUGCGACGUACGAGCUGGAGGAGUGUGGCGAGGAGUCGGACCUGCUGUGCGACAUCCCGAUGAAGGCUGCCUUCGCUCUGUCCACCCCGCUCAAACACCUGGGCCUCACCAAGAUGAACAUCAACUCCAGGCGUUUCUCACUGUGUUGAAACCUCUAACUUCAGCCGUGUAACAUCCAGGACAUUCCCCUCACCUCCCAUGUGUUUGUGUUGGCAAGUAGGGUUAUUUCCUCUUUUGGAGGAAGGUGUGUUUCAGGAUAGAGCGAAGGGAGACUGCCAGUUCUGGUGCCCUAGGUGGAAGUGAAAAUGACUCCUUUGAUUUCUCACCUUGGCCUGACAUGCAUGAAGAAGCGUCGGCAUGCAGGCCUGCAGGGGCACACACCCAUAAUACAAACAUGCCCUCCUGGUGGCAGGAGCAUCUGCUGCGCCACUGUUAACUGUUCUUUACACAGUGCAGUGUUUAUUAGAGUACUUAGGUGAAGACUAACUAGACUGAACUGUAAAUGUAGAUAUGGAAAGGGCGUUAUGUUCAGGAUCUUAUUCCCAAUGAUUUGGUGACGUGCAAAACGAAGUUUCAUAUGUGCCAAGACAGAAGUUCAAUACAGUUACAGGAAGAGUAGUGCUGAUUUUCUCGGAGAUUGUCAUAGAAAAAGAAGAGGGUCACUUCAGAAUAGAGGACAGUGUCUUCUGACAGCUAGUCUUAUUUUUGUGUACCAGUCGUUCCCAGCCUAGGUGUCAGGACCCAGACAAGGCAUCACGACACAAAUCUGAGAGGUCGUGAGCUGAUUAGAACUGAAUCGCCAGAGUAAAUGUAGGCACUGUGUAUUUCUGCAAACCUCUGAAACUUAACUUUUUGAGUGUUGCAAAACUACAAAUUAUAUGUUCAAUUUUCAAUUUCAUGUUUUGAUGAUACUAUGCUUAUGGUUGGGUUAGAUUUAGGCACUAAAACCACUUUAUGGUUAUGGUCAGGGAAAGAUCAUGUUUUGGCUUAUAUGGCUCUAUGAUGACUUCUCAGUAAAAUUAUCAAGUAUUAGCUAGAAAUUAUCCAGGUUUUUCAUCAAAAAUGCCAAUUAUAGGACUAGAAAAUGUCCAGACACCUUGUUGAAAAUAUCCAGCGGUUUCACGGUUACAGAUUUUAAAACACCACCUGAAACAGCGAUCUCUUACGUGGCAGCUGUACAAAUGCUGAAAUGCUGUCUGGAUCAAUGUUCUCUCAUGAAAAAUAUCCAGCGGGUUAGAUUGUACAGAUUUUUAAAACACCAUCAACAAACAGUGGUCUCUCGCGAAACGUUCUAUCAAACAGUGGACUUUCGCCUUAGGCAGUACUGAUGUUGAAAUGCUGUCUUGAGCAAAAGUCUUUUCGUAAAAAUAUCCAGUGGUUUCGCUCUAACAAAUGUUAAAACACUGUCUCAAAGAGUUAUCUCUCACUUGGCAGCAGUAUAAAUGCUAAAAUUUUAUCUUGAACCGUGGUCUCUUGUCAAAAAUAUGCAGUGGUUUUGCACUUACGGAUGUUAAAACACCAGCACAACCAGUGGUCUCUCCCCUAACAGCAGACCAAAUGUUGAAACACUGACUGAAACAGUGGUCUCUCACUUGGCAGCAGUACAAAUUGUUAACAUGCUUACCGCGUGUCGAAAGGCCUCGCUGUCAUAUCACCACCAACCCCUCCUCCUCCAGACAUGAUACUCAGAUGCUCCAUUUUAACAGCUCACAAGAGAAAAAGGUACGGAGUCACUGCUUUACAUUACUUGUACUAGUACAUUUUUUGUGGAGUUGACUGAAAUAGAAAAAGUACGAAGGUGGCAUAUCUGGUGUGGACCGGUCGGAUAAAGGAAACGUUCGCCAGCCCUUUAGUGUAAAUUCAGUGAAUCUGUUGAAGCCUUCAUCUAGCAGACUGUCUCUAACUUUGUCCUCAAAGGAAGUGGGAGGUCACACUCCAGCAUUUUUACACCUUGUCUUCACAAUCCAAAAAUAUCUCCAUAGCCUCACCACUGCAGUGACAGCACCCAGGAAGCUAUGCUUAAUGCAUUUUGUUUUCCAUUACCAUGUCCAGAUGCUGCAGAGCACAGCUUGGAAACUAUAUAUGGCUGGACAAGUGACCAAGUGUAUUUUGUCGCUGCGUGGGCAGUUGAGGGAGAGUUAAAAUCAUUCAUCAUGUUGCUUACUCGUAACAACAAAUAGGAAGAAGGUAUUUUUGUUGAUUGUAAAUAUAAAAAGAACGCUAAAAUUAGCCUUAUUAGAUUGCUAAAUCAUGCUACUGUAAUAUGAAUGUAUCUACAUGACAAAUGAGUGUAAAAGCAAAAUGCCUUAAAAUGUAAAGUUGUUAUUUUCUGUUGUACAUACAAGACAAUGUUGAAUAAACUUAACUUUAUCUA